AUGCCUGAACCAAAAGCUACCAGUUCACCAAAGAGCAGCUCCAAAGCACAGGACUUCACGAGUCAGGUGAAAAGAAGAAAAAAGGACAGAAAAGCUAAAAAGGAAAGCUAUUCCCUAUACAUAUUCAAAGUGCUGAAGCUGGUUCACCCCGACGCCAGCAUUUCCUCCAAGGCCAUGGCCAUCAUGAACUCAUUUGUGAAUGAUAUGUUUGAUCGCAUUGCCAUUGAAGCCUCCCGUCUGGCAAAAUACAACAAACGGUUGACCAUCUCCUCUAAGGAGAUUCAGACAGCCGUGAAGUUCCUGUUGCCUGGAGAGUUAGCCAGUCAUGCAGUGUCUGAAGCCACCAAAGCCGUUAAAAAAUACCACAGCUCCAAACAAACGCAGGACUUCAUUCCAGAAAGCAAAAGCUCUCUAACAAUAGAAACAAUUUUCAAUGAUUAA